GUGACGUUGCGGGGCUGUAGUGGAACCUCUAGCUGCAUCUUGUUGACGGUCCGCCAGGCUUUUCCAGUACGGAGAAGACCACAGCCGAGAGAGGACCGACCGACACGCAGCGCUCAAGGCAAGUGUUUACACCGUUUCAAUAAACCGUCAGAAAAGAUGGAGCUUCUUUUGAAACAACGUUCGGUUUUAAAUCGGCGGUUUAUCCCAGCGCGUGUCGAUUAACGGUUGAGUUUGAAUUCAUGUGUUUAACGGACGGAGAGGAGAAGAAGGAGGAGGGGGCGAAGCUAACAUCGUUUAGCCUACUGUGUCGCUCUCUAUUGGGGGUUAGCCUGCUGUAAAUGUUAGCGCUCUCGGUCCUUUUUGGUCUGCCAGCUUUUGACGCUUACUGAAACAUGAGGUCCUGGUGUAAGUCAGUGUAGCAGUUGGUAAAUAUGAAAUGUUGUCAGUCCAGUCGCUCUCUGUGUGGUUGGUGAGCCGAGCUUGUCUCAUUUAUUAUCGGUCUCAUGGAUGGGGUUAUGUUAGCCUGCCCGUGUUCUUGAAAGCAGGGUUACGGUACGCGACCAAUUCGCUGUAAGCCGCGCUUGUGACUUAUUGGUGUAAAUUCAAGAGUCUGUCAAUCAAUAAACCAACACAUAAGGCUGUUAACUCAAAAGUAUGUCACCGUCUUCUUAAAGCCUGUGAUUAUGACACCGAGAAGCAGUAAAAAGAGACGCCGCUUGCUGUUCGCGCCGCGUCGACUCGGUCGCUUGUAAUACACUUUGAACGAGAGCGAAUUUGUUCGCUCAGCGGUUCGCUUUCAAUGGAUUCAUACUGUUAGCCUGCUUCAACAGCCCACUGUGCUGCUGGGGUAUAAGGUGGACGCGGCUAAGCUAGCUAGCGCAAGUAGUAUCACCCUAUCAAAGACGUUACAGAUAUUUCUCUAUUGGUUUCAAUAAGAAUGUCCACAUUUUGGGCUUUCGAUUCUUGUUCGCCAUGAUGGCUGUCGAUAUAUACCCUUUUAACGACGAUAAAAUAAUUGUUACAUUGAAAUGCGUAUCGUUAAAAGCCUUGUUGGAAGCGUUUCGACCGCUUUCUGGUUUUUGUGUUUGACAUAGAGACAAGUCGCGGAUGAAGUAAACCCUCCACCGUGCCCUCACCAGGUCGGUGUGUGUGCGUUACGCUCGACCGCGGUGCCUUCCCAGACCAGACUGUAGUGUAGACUGUGAAUGUCAUUAUCAGCACUGUCUGCAUACCAGUGCCGUCGUGUCGAGCCAGCAGAGGAGGAGAGGUACAGUUUGCAGACUGGAGAGGAGGAGGAGGAGGAGGAGGAGGGGUUGUAGCCGUAUCUGAGGAUGGAGCAGCAGCAGCUCUAUGCGCGGUGUCCUUGUAGCGGUGAAAGGAUGCCAGGCGUGAGAAACAUACCCUAAAGGCUACAACUGGUUGUGUAGUGAUAUUAAGAAAACAAGCUUCGUAUUAGUGUGACAUUUCUGUCCGAAAUUAAAGCGACCUGGUUGGAUGUCUUUGCAGUCAAAGCGGAGUAUGGAGCAGUGGAAGUGUUUGGGAAGAGCUGCCCCCCCUCCCACCUACAGCCACAGUAACGACCCUGAUCUGAUUUGUCUUUCAUUCUUAAGGCAGCCCACGGUUUUAUUUCCCAUCAAACGCCCACUAAACGUCAAACCGCGUCGGAAUAGAGCUUAAGGGUUUGCACCGCUGCAGUGGAAAAAAAAAACACUGGAUGCUGAAAGAAGCUAAAGCUUGUAAAUUCACUCACUGUGGGUCCCUCGCUUUAUAAUGUCAUUCUUAUUGUGACAAGUCGAUUUCACCGAAUAUUGCAUGUAAACAGACCAACAUACAGAAAAGCUCCAAUGAAUCUUCUAGACCGAAAUGUUGCAUUUUCAGCCCCGAUCAGCUCUCUUACUGUCAUACUGCAGCAGUGGCUGUUUUUAUCGACACUGCGUUUUAAACUGGGGAUACUUGAUUAGUGUGAUUUACGCUUUAAGGUAGCACAUGUGAGUGAUAUAAGGGGGAAACACCGCUUUCCACACUGCAGCAUGUCAAGCUGUGCGAGGACUAAGGGAGGGGGCUGACUGCUGUUAAAGCUUUUAUCAAUUGUUUUUCAUGGAGCUGAUGGGGUCAGCGUGGGGUAAGCAGACCUAGGGGAAAGCUCAGUGUGGUUUAGAAGGGCACUUUCAAUUGCAAAGUGAGAUGUUUUUUGGCCAUUGUAUCAGCCUUACAUUAACAAUGUAAUGGGAGAGGGGCAGGGUGGUGGGGAAUUUCGCUGGGCUUGUCGUGUCUGGUCAACUGGUUUCGCUUGUUAAAAUUCUCACUCUGUGCAUUAAAGUUUGUUCCCAAAACCUUUGGUGAAAACCUGGAUGCGAAUUUCCUCCGGGGUUCAAUUACAAGGGCUGAAAAGCCUUGUGUUUGUGUGAAGUAUGGUAAUGGCCAUUUGGUUUAGUGGUCCAUGCAAACAGUCAUUGACCUCUUCAGCCCCCCGGCUGGGACAGCUGCCAUAAAACAUUUAAACUCCUUAUGGAUAUUUCCUUCUCAACAACAUUUUUAUGAGAUAAUUUUCAGUUUGUUUAUUCUACAACAGGAAAGGGAUUGAUUAGUCGUAGUUAAAAUGUCAAUGGAUCAUUUUUCUCUGCCUUUGCUGUUUUCUAAAUGACUGUUUUUUCAUGUUCAGGUAGCGGAUCAGAACAUACCACGGAACGAAACCUCAGUCUUCAUCAUGCAUGUGUGUAACUACCAGAAGAUUUGUGUGAUUUGAAAAAAGUUGAGGAGGAAAAAAGGCUCAGAGGAAUAAAAGAACUCAGUCAGCAGAGAGGAACGACAAUAACCCAGUGCGCAGACAUGGCCAGCACCCAGACCAGUUUGAAAACCCCUUUCAAAGACUUGACCUCAUUCAAGGGCAACAUGAAACGGCUUUACAGAGAGCGUCUAGAGGACGCACCCAUCAAGAAGCGAGUGAUGGCGGAGAUCAACCUGAAGCGUCGCAGCUUAGAUUCCCUUCCCAAAACUCCAAAGGUUAAGAGGGAGCAGAUGGAGGAUCUGCACCUCGACUCUGAGAUGGAUGUGGAGGGCCGGGCUGAACUGCACGUGGUGGGCUCUGCUAAAGCCUUGGACCUGAGCCCUGGGCUCAAACACACACUGGCUCAGUUCACCCUCAGCAGCCAGAGCUCCCUGGGGGGCCCAGCUGCCUUUUCAGCCCGUACCGGCCACGAGCAUUCCCCGGCCGGCAUGCCCCCCUUGCCCUCCCCUCCUGUUCUGGGAGGGGGCCCUCUGCUGGUUCCAUGUGACAGCUCCACUGAACUUACCCACUCACUGCUGGAAGGAGAGUCUAUCUCCUGCUUCGUUGUUGGAGGAGAGAAGCGGCUCUGUCUGCCCCAGGUGCUCAACUCGGUGCUCCGCGACUUCUCUCUUCAGCAGAUCAACACGGUGUGCGACGAGCUCUAUGUCUACUGCUCACGCUGCGAUGCUGAGCAGCUGCACAUCCUCAAGGUGCUGGGCAUUCUGCCGUUCAAUGCACCCUCCUGUGGCCUCAUUACACUGACAGAUGCACAGCGAUUGUGCAAUGCUCUUCUGCGUCCCGGGGCAGCCUUGCCUGCUGACCCCAGCGGUAAGCUGUCGACCCAGGGCCUGCUGAAGGAGAGUGAAGCCAGCUUCCAGGUGGAGCACCAGUGUCUGGGGAAGUGUCAGGGUCUCUUCGUGCCCCAGUUCUACACCCAGCCCGAAGCGCCCUGCAUCCAGUGCGUUGAGUGCCAAUUGCUGUUUUCGCCACAGAAGUUCGUCAUGCAUUCACACAAGUCACCUGAUAAGCGGACCUGUCAUUGGGGCUUUGACUCGGCCAAGUGGCCCUGCUACCUACAGCUUGCCAGGAAGUACCAGGGCACAUCUGAAGAGCCAAAGCUCAAGCAGCUUCUGGACGAAGUCAAAGAGAAGUUCCACUACAAGCUGAAGAGAUCGCUAGACAAAGUAAGAGCUUUUUUUUGCAUAUUCCAUCGUCUUACAAUCUGGUAUGAAACCUAGUAUGAACCAUUUCUGAACUGGCAUGCUUGCCUACUCUUUCUCUCUUUCAUAGUCCGGUCCCACAUUCUUCUUAUUUGGCAGGUUUGAUUAGGCUAAUUCAUGGCCGGUGUUUUCUUAAACCAGCGUUGACCUGGUAUGUGUGAAAAAGGGCCUGGGACAGGUGGUGACAUCUGCCCGGCCAGGUCUGAUCAGACGAGGUCCGGCCAGCUGGCCACAGCUGAAGGGGAAGUGCAUCAUUUGUCCCACAGGUCACCUGGAGGUCACUGAGAAUGUCACAGAACAAAAGGGCAAUAAAGAGAGCUCAGGAGCAGCCUCUCUAACUCCUGUAUUUAAACUACAUGUCAGCGGUUAAUUGUCGGUUGUUUGUCUUCUUGGAAAGAAAAUUCUUAAGUUAACAGAGGUGCUCAAGACAGAACUCGAUCGACAGCUCAAUCCUUUGAAAUGUAUUUCAAGUCUUUCAGCAACAUGCGCAAAAUACCACUGCUAAUUUUAAAGAUAAAAUUUCAUGUGCGGCAGUUUUGUGUUGGACCAUUAACAUAAUUUACUACUGCUUUACCUCCAGGACAAACCCGAGAGUGAAAUAGCUUCAUUGCAUUUACUAGUAGUUAUCACAGACAGCCAGAAUACUGCAGAGUCCUCUAAAGGAUUUAUGACUGAUGAUUGAUGAUUAUGGCUCCUCUUUUUGUACUCGUUGUGUAAAAAAUGUCAGCGCAGUAUCGGAGCCACAAGGGCAGCAAGCCUAUUGAACAGUCAGCAUUCAGCGAGGGGAAAAGCUCUAGAUUGUUUCCCUGCCAUUGACUGGUUUUUAUGUCUCAUGACCUCCCUCUGACCACAGUGGACUGCUCUCGUUGUAUUGUUCAGUGGAUGAAGGUAGGCAGCGCUUUUUUGUCAAUGUGAAACAGAAAGAUAUUCCUGCUUCAAUCAGCGAACACUCAUUAUUGAGCAGAAGGAGAUGUACUACUUCACUUGCUGGCAAGAUUUAUUUGAGAUAGUAGUGCAGCAGACAGCAGAUCAGCUGAGACACAGGAGUAGAGGCAUUGCAGCGUGUGGAUAGUAAGUGUAUAUGUAGACUGGAAAAGGAAACACAAGGCACAGAUUCGAUGUAGUUUAUGUGUACCUGAAUUUAAGGAUGCUUUUUCUGGCCGAGUUCGCCAGCGAGUGUUCCGGAAAUACCGUCUGCUUUCUCGUCUAGUGUCUCGACCACAUUCCUGUCUCGCCUCUUCCCAUCUGUCCUCCUCCUCUUCCCCUGUCUCGGCUAUAAGGUAUGCAUCUUGGCAGACGCUGACAUCCUUUUUUUUUUUCAAAGGCUGAGACAUUUUAAUACCAUAGAGAAAAAAAACCAGCAGUGUCAAGUCCUCACAAACAACAUUACAUGUACAAAAAAAGUAAGCCAAAGGUGGAUGAUGAGUCCUACUCCAUUUAUUGUGUGUGUGUGUUUUUAUGUGAGACAUUGCCAACCUGUGUGUGUAUGUGUAAUGAGGUGGUAACUGGUGGCUGGUAUGACACAUCUUUGUCUCACACUCUGCCAGGCUCUCUGGAGCCGCUGUCUCACCACAGUUUCAGGUGCUGUCGUCUUUCUGUGGGUUGAUUUCUCGGUCUGUGUUUUUCAUUCUGUUGUUGUUUUUUUUUCCUUUUUGUCUCGCAGCUCUGACCAGUUUGACCUUGUUUGUUGAUUCGUAAGGGGUUGGCGUGACGGGAAAUUGUGUUUUUGAGCUAAUUGCAGAAGUUAGAACUGCGAAGUUAUUGUAGACAGAGGCAAACAAAGUCUGAGUGGGCCAAAAUUCCUGGAAACACAGUUGCCUGUAAGCCUAAAAGGAAGCAGGUGAUUUUGGCAUGAAAAGAGGGUGGCAUUACCCCCCUCCCUCCCACCACCAUCUAAACGGAUGUAAAGGUUGUGUGAAAGGUUAGUGGCAGUGAACAAAGUGACCUGUCAGUGUCCCCUUUUCACCCUGUUAGGAUACUGGGGUUCCUUUGCGGUCAAACAUAUACUUUCUGUUUGUGUGUGCGUGUAAUGAAAGUGUGUUUCGUCGAACAGGAAGCGAGGCAGACGGACAUGUCUCUCACCCUGAACAUCCUCCAGACUCUCGGUGUCCAGCCGCCUCCACUGCACUGGCUGUGUGACUCAUACUUUCCACAUCCCAGUGGAAGUUACUGGGAGGCCGGCCAGGCAGCUUGUAGUCACACAGGGUUUUUUAGAAAGAUGGCUCGCCCCUGUGUGUUGGUCUAACCCCGACUGCAGACCCCUUUUCCCUGCGGCCCUUAUUUACACACAGUGUCAAUGUGCACGUUUGCGAGCAGUUCAUAGUUUCACCCGAGAGCUCUGGGACCUCUAAAAAGAGAAGAGACACAAACAAGGGAGCCUUCUGGAAGUUUUCUUUCCCACCUUCUCGAAUGGCUACUGGUUUCAUAUCCUGUUAAGAGUGUUUGGUUUGUGAAGGUGUAGUUAAAAACUCCAGGACUUGCUCUCUAUAAACGGUGCUUUGUGCCUGAAGGCACCGCUACCCUGUCUACUGAUCCCUGCUGUGUAAAUAGAGCUUGCUAGACAGACGCCACCAACAGACAGUAACAAGCUGAGGCCUUAUCUCAAGAGUUACUUGAGUAUCUGACAGACAAUGACCUCAUUUUGUCCUCAGGGCUUGUGACAGACACUUGUACUUUCCGUUCAGACAGCAUCACAUGCUGUCAUUUUGAAAGGAUGAUUUUUUUUCCCCCAACAAAAUGGAAAGUAACAAACCCUCAUGUAUAAUCAUCAUCGUUCUUUUUUUUUUCUAGGUAUUUACACCUCAUUUCAUCAGACAGGCUCUUGCAACCAAGUGUAUUACAAAACGUCUAAAGCUUGAGCACUUUCUGCGGCUUCAUUGGCUAGAUUCUCCGGAGUCGUGAACUUUUCUUAAACCGUAUGUCUGAGGUAGCUGUUUUGAAAUAAGAAAGAACACCGUGACCUACUAUUGCAGACAUAUUUCCUGUCUCCUGCAAACACAACAACAUAGUGAACAUAGCUGUGUUCCUGAUUUGCUCCAGCCUUGUUUGUUGCGUCGUGCUGGCCCCGAGUCAGAAGUGUCAGACAGAGAGAACAGUCUUCCUCUGUCUGUCUCCCUGGCUGGGCUGACACAGUGGCUGUGGCACAGACGGCAGACAGCUGCAUCUCUCUGGCUUCCUCUAUUUGCUAUUUGGAAACCAGUGACUUCAUUACCGCAGACCAGUGCAGCUGCACUCUCUGGCUGUCUCCUGAGCUGUCUGCUCUGUCUGUCAGUCCGUGUUCUUGUCAGUCAUUCUCUUGGGCUGUAUCUAAUUGGAUUUUGGCAGGCUGGCUAAUCGUUGACUGUACUACUUUUGCCAUCUCUUCCACCCUCCUCCCCCUCUCCCUUUAUCUUGACAUCAGUCUCCCAUCUGCUGCUUUCUUCCAGGUACAUGUAGAGCUGGGCGAUAAAAUGAUAACGAAAUUAAUUUCCCUCAAUAUCAAUAUAAAAAAUAGUCAAUAUGCUUUUUGAUAGCCAGCAUUCUGCCAUGUUUUGGUCGACUAUACGAAUAUCCAGUAAAAAGGGGUUGCCUUAGCUUAUUGUAUUGCAAAAGACAUACUACCAAUAAGAACUAUUAAAUUUAAUUUAAGAGUAAGAGGGAACAGGGAAGUUGAUAUCGAUAUCAACUGAUAUGGAAAAAAAUGUACUGUGAUAAACUUUUCCCAUAUCGCCCAGCCCUAGGUACACGUCUUCUGCUCUUUACUCGACCACGUCUCUCACUAUCUUCUCUCUUUUUCUGACCCAGACAGUUCUGCUGUUACCCAUAUGUGUCUGUAAACAGUCAAUACCCCCUGGGCCCCGAUCAGUGGACAGUAACAAAAUAAGCAGCCAAAUGACCCGAUAAGUCGAUCGUUACAUAAGCAAUAAGACCACUUGUGUGCGUCUGCGAGCCGGAUGAGAGGGAAGCCAGUGGCUAUUGAUCGGGUCUCCGACCUUGAUGGAUGUGGCGAGUCGUCGGGUGACACGGACGCUGAACAGAGAAAGGGAACAGGCAUAAAGAGAAGCAGGAGGUUGAGGGAAAAAGAAGAACAAGAGUGAAACAGGCUGACGCAGUUACAGGGGCUACAGCUGCUGUUGCAUAAGUUCCUGUCUGUGUUCUUACAUGUGCACCACUCUCCCAACUUAACCUCACCUCCACUUCUGCUCUCGCUUGCAUUUUUGUAACUCAGACAGGCGGCCAGACUGUAGUUGCGCCAGACAGAAAGACAGACAGACAGACAGACAGACAGAGAAAAAAAGGCUAUCUGUGGUCAGAAAACUUAGCAUUCCCUCGGGGGAGGCAUUUGAGUAAAUGAGGUUAGGGUGACAAAGCGAAGUUUUGAAAGGAAGACGGUGAGAGACAGGUGGGUCUUGUUGUCUCAGGUUGUCUCAGUCACAAACAGCUCCACACUUUAGCUGUCGCCCAUAAAACAGGCCACGGCCAUUAGGUUUUUACAGAGAGCUGGGCCUCAGCUCUUCUUUGAGUUGAAAAUUAACCUCCACAAGACCUGAACUGAACCACAAAUCUAGCCUGGAACAGCCCCUCUCAACCGUCCAAUGGCAUGCCGGCUGGCUCACAUUUCCCCAGCUAACGCUCCGUCUUCUACCUCCCACCCCGCCCAUACACAUAUUUCUGUGUCUGUCUGUAUGUCUUAGCAUUUCCCAAAGAACAAUUAUCCACUUAUGCUAAAUACACAGCAGCUUCUUUGAAUUCUGGCCCACAGUAACCUACAGUCUAAACGCAUGGAUGUGGUUCCAUGUGGGAGACUGUCCGUGUUUUUGAGCACAACAGGCCGUGGCUUGGCCAGUGUUCACUGCCUGUUGUAAAGGGCUAAAUGGGGGCCCCACAAGGUAGGAGGGGCUGAGCUGAGGGGCCUCUGGUAUGUCACCAUCAGGUCAGUGCCAGUAUCACAGCUCCAUAACAGCAUUGCAGCUCACUGGAGGGACGCCAGAGGCUUCACUGAUGUGUUUUUCUUUUACAGGAGAAAAAAAAAAAUCCUCACAGGUUUACACUUUCAUGACCAUCAUUGAAAAUGGUCAGAGGCCUCAGCAGCAGUUUGAUUUACUGCUUGGACUUGAUACAACAGAUCACAGCCUUCCCCGUGAACUACAACCUCACUUUGAAAUAUGUACCACUGGUCGGCCGGUUGUAAUUUCCCACCGCAGCAGCAGCUUGUUAUUUUUUCCCCUGUUUCCUUGGGCUGGACUCUUCUCCCACCACACCGCCAGAAGAAGAGAUAAUGCACUGCUAUGGGACUGAUGUGAGCUGGAAGCCACAGCAGCCGGCAGCAGAGAUAGGUCAGUCCAGAUACAGUGGAGCCUCUGCCACGUCUGCCAACAGUCUCAUAGACUAAACAAACCGACUGAGCCCCUCCCACCCAAAUGACCUGCAGGGUUUAAAAGAGCCCUGGAUUGACAGCCUGUUUGCAUGUUCACUGAGCUCUGGCUCUCUCCCCUCGGGGCGUCAGACCAGUUUGUUGAAGGAAAAUGAGUGGUGAGAACAAGUGAAAGAGAGGAGAAUAAAGUGGGUUCAAACAAGAAAGCAGCUCGGACCGUAACACGGCUGAGUAGCUCGCCUCGCCUGUUGCAUGAGAGCAGAAUAAUGAGGAGACUUGGUAUUAAUUAAUCGAUGUGUUGAUGAGAAGAUUAAGUGUCCACUGUCUGGUCUCCCUGGGAGACAGUCAGACAAACAGGUUGUGUGUGUGUGUUGGGGGGGCGGGGAGUCGGUGGCGAGGGAGGUGUACUGUAAAGAGGCUGUGGGAGACUGCCAGCCUCUGCGUGUUGUGUGUAAGCAGAGAGCGCGGCGCGUUUGCAUUUGAAAGACUCUUCUGUGCUGCUUUCCCAGUGGGAACAGUGAUUAAUGAAGAUAUAAAUGGAGCGACCCAGAGACGGCGUUUUCCAUAGGAGCACCUUAUACACAGCAGAUGAACACACAUUACACACUAUAUGGGACUUAAACUCCCCUCUGUCAUAUUUCCUCCCACAGUCACAGUCUACCAGACAGGGAGAUAAACACAGGAUAUCAAAGGCGUGUCAUGAGUCCCGCUGGGCUGCCACCCGGCACAUCCACAACACAUUAAGCCCAGCCACUACACUGAUCAAUUAUUCAUGAUGUAAACAGAGAAAUCAUGGUGAAAUAGUCUGCCCGUGUGAUUAAAGGAAUCCCCAUCUCUCCACUUUGCCAACCAUUUAUUUGCGUGUCUAGUAAUAGCUUGUCAUUUCCAUAUGGAAGCAAUCCUAUUUGCGCUGUUUUGCUUCUUAGGUGCACAUGUUUACAUUUUUCAAUAAACAGCCUGCUUGUGGUUAAUUGGACACAACAGUGUCAGCCAAAUAAAGUACUGCUGUGGCCCAUGCUAGUUUUGACCUUCAGCCUCCAGAUGAAAGCAAAGAAAGUCAAGCAAACCACUGUGAGAUGUGAACUUGCCAAGCUUGGAGAUGAUUACUCGCCUGGCCUGGAAGUCCUUUAUUUGCAGCCUCACCUUUGCUCCACUAACAUCAAACAUCCUCCAACUGUUUCUUUCCCUUCCACUACUGGCGGCCUCUAUACCCUGUAAAUCCUUAUCACACCGGGGGCUUGACUGAUGUUGCUCAGGGCAAGGCUGUAAAGUUUGCAACUGGGGAAAAAGACCACAUUAGCGAAGGUGAAACAAGUGACAUUUUGCAGGUCACCCAGUCUUCCAUAUCUCUUUGCCUCCGCCUUCCCUGCCAAAUACUGAUAUGUUUAUCUCACCGCUUAUUCCCACCUGCAGUGCUGCCGCUCAUGGGAAUCAUCCACUGCCAUCCUUUUUCUUCAGGCGGACUCAUGCAUGCAAACAUUCACUCUUCUUUGCCUCAUGUCCCUCAGGGGUCCAAACCAGCUCAUCAAGAUCCUGUAAAUAGGUGACGGUUUCCCUCUGGAUCCUCAACAGCCCCUCAGCUCCUCUUCAGAUCAUAAACUAAGUCGUAGUAAUCCUCGAGGUCGUUGACCUCCAGAUGCUAUUAAUUAUCUAAUGGCUUUAAUGAAAGGUAUAUAGUGUUUUUUUUUUUUUUUUUUUAAAUUUGAGUAUACUUAAGCUACAGGGGCCUCAUUAAGUGUUGUAUGUGUUGAGACUGGUGAGUGCUCUUCAGAAUCCUUGCAUGCAAGCUAAUAGGAAAGUCCUCUUAACUGUCCCCAAGCAACAGAGUGAUGUGUGCGACUUGUGUCGAGCAUACGCGGCGCUGGAUUUCCAUCUUUGCGUGCCCCGCUCUGGCUGGAUGAAACAGCGUCGUUACAUGAAUUCCUGUUGCCCUUGACUUUUCCCUUUGUACAAUAAAGUAAAGCAUUGCCAUGUGGUUUACAGCCUGGCUACAUUUUAACCAGUUCCUAUGACGAGCAGCUUUGGUAUGCCAGACAUUUUCUGUGUCAUCUCUGUCAGAAUUUGUCGGCUGAGACACAUCCUGAUCCCAGAUGAGGCCAUAAGUACAGUAGAUCUUCAGAAGUCUGACUCAUGUCGAGGGAAGAAAGCUAGCCUCCGGCAAUAUGAUGGUAAAAGUUUGGCAAUGUUGCCUCAGCUGUCAGCUGCUUUGGCAGACAAUCGGGAAUCCUUUUUUAUACUAUUCAGAAAAAGAGUCGUGGUUGAAAUCUCAAAUUCAAAAGUCAAACUUUUUUGCUCUUGUGUUAUUAGAAGUGAAUGACAUAAAGCCAGUCUGUGAUGUAUCCACGCAAUGACAUUACUUAUUAGAAAGAUGACACACACUCAUUCACCCACUCACUCACUCAGACACACACACUGUAGCACGAGAUGCUGUGCAGAUGACAAAGUCCACAGUUCUGAGAUAAAAAAGGAAGUCAGAUGGGUCAAACACAGCCAGGAACGCAGCCAGACACACGAGACGCAAUCUCCAACCACCGCUAGCCACUUCCUCCCGUCACCGCGCCAACCCUAUCCUGCAGCGUGAGUCACGGUGCUCCAUCAGCGCUGCAGUCUGCUCCCAACUCAUCAGCGUCAGCAUGGAGCCAGGACAGAGAUUUAUCACCAUCCCGUUCUGUUUGAUCUACACCCAGGUGUGUUCACUUAGAGCUCUGACUCAACCGUAAUGACAUUUACCAAACCCAGCCGCGCUUUACUCGGGCUGUUGUCGAGCGUGCCUCAGACGGUGACUGUUUUAACAAAGUCUGGUGAUCAAGUGUGCGAGGACUGUGGUUUCACCUGCUGGAGUUUCUAAUGUGUCUCUUUCAGCACAUGCGGGAUCGGUAAUGAAUAGCCGCCCCCGACAACAUGCUGCCAGAUUUCUUUGUGUGUGUGGGCUCUGAAGUUAAAGUUCUUUUCUUAAUAAUUGAGAUUUUACAGAUUAAAAGAACAUGUAUCUCAUGAAUUCCACAGCCCACAAGCUUUGUGAAAGUUGCGAGCGACGGUCCUCAAGAGACUUGUUUGGAAAUCCAGAACUUGUCACACAAAGAGAAAGAGAGAGUAGAGUCAUGGUAACUGAUGGAUUUGCAUUACUGGAGUUGUGUGUGUUUGUGUGUGUUUGUGUGUGUGUGUGUGGGAGAGACAGGCGAGCCCGAGGGGCCCGGACAGCAAAGCCAAGCUGCCCAUGCAAAGACGAGCAGUAGAGGCUUCAAACAAGCUCCUGCAUGUAAUAUGGAUGAGACCAGAGCUCCCUGCAGAACAGUCAGAGGACCCAGAGCUGGAUUUAACUGUCUCUCUUUCGUGCGUCUGUAAUAGAUUUACCCCUGCAGGGCGUUUUGGCCAGGUGGAGCUUUCUCUUUGUAGAACUGGGACUGUAUCAUAGGUCAGCCUCGUGUACCCUCACCCUUUUCUCCACCCUUCAGUCUGUCUUUCCUCAUCUUAUUUUCCUCCUCCUCCUCCUCUGGCCUCGUUGCAGACAGUGAGGACCAGGCGAGCAUUGACAUUUACUGCAGUAUUCCACAUUACAGCAGAGCAGCCUCCCGUGCUGAGAAAGAAGUAAACAAACCGCGGAUCGAUAAAUGACUGCAUGCUAGAGCCUGUAAGGCAGGGUUUAAGUCGAGGCCAACUCUGACUCGACUGCAUUAAAACUGCAUCAUCUAAACACUCUAAUUUAACCGUAAAGCCUUUUCCCUGUUCGACUUGCUGUUAGGACUGUAUACUUUUUCACCACUCUCAGGGAUAUAUCAGCUGUUUUUAGUCUGAUUCUCAUAAAACUCAUCAGAAAUGGGGCUUUUGAAGAAGUCUCCUGCACAUAUUUUGAUGCAUUUGUCAGGAUGCUGUGUAAUUCAUUGCAAAGACAGAGGGUUGGGCAGUGUCUCCAUUUUGUGUUUUCUCUCUCUGUACAGAUAGCAGAGCAUUGCUGGCUUGCUGACAGCCUCUCUCGGCUUUCAGUCUGCUUAGCAACGCUCGUCCUCUCUCUGCAGCUCUCUCACUUCCCCCCUCUGUCUCCAAGCACUCUGAGUUGUUUCCAGCAUCCGAAUAGUGAGCCGAGUUCCCUUUUAUAGAAAUCCAGGCGGCUGAUUUGUGUUUCACUCCUGAUAGCUCGUGUUUCUCUUCCUAAUCGCGAAUUAGAACAAGUAACCCACCUCCAAACUGCAUCCCAAGGCAGCGACCCCUCCAGAGACUUUCUCUUUCGUUUUUUUAAAGACGCUGUUAUACACACGCACACUGGCCGAGAUGAAGCUCGAGUGAUGAUGCAUACAGUCAUUCACAGACAAGGCAAGAGCCCACUGGCCUCAUUUUCAGCCCGUGUUUCCUCCUGGGAGAAUAAAGUAUGUCUGCUUGUGUCUCUGUGUGUGUGUAUUUGUGCAUGACAGUUUGCUUGCGGUAAAACUACGUCAUCCUCUCCAUCCUCCUACUCUGCUGUUUGAUGGAGCGGUUGUUUGAAGGGACGUCUGUUUACUUAUGUGUGCAUCUGUGUAUAUGGAAGUAUGUUAGAGUGUGUGUCUGAUCGCCGACCCGGUUGACUCACAUAGGUGAGCCCUCGACAGCUUUGGUAAUUAACGCUCUUGGGGGACACUGGGGAGGGAAAGUAGAGCACACACACACACACACACACACACACACACACACACUUAUUGAGCUGCUAGGCUAGAGACGGUAAGCUACACAUGUAUAUGCGGCUAGUAUGCUCUCUUGCGCAUGGCUGAUUUUUAAAUGCCCUUCACUGACUCAAACAUGCCACCAUUACCUUCUGCAUACAUGUGCAUAUCCUGCAGAUGAACGUCGUUGGUCACAUUUUAAGGACGGUUCAUAAUACCAUGUGUUAAUCUUAAUGACAUAAGGUGGGGGGAAAGGGGAUGGAGGAUAGACUAGGAUUCAUUAUGCCCUCAUAGCCCUGCUCUGAAGGUGAAAAAAAUGAUCUGAUAUUGCAGCUGCUAACUGCACCAAGAAGUGUGCAUCAUUUUCCCCUCUAUCUGCUCCAGCUCAAGGAUUAAUUCACCAAGCAAACUUGCACUAAUGAUCUUCAAGCACAGAAACAUCCACAAAUUCAUUAAUUAAUCAUUGUUAAUUUUCAUUUUUUAUAUUGUGAUAUAUAUCGAUAUCGCCUGAUAUGAAAAAAAUAUAUCAUGAUAAGCUUUUUCCCGUAUCGCCCAGCCCUAGAUGCGCUGUUUCCAUCUCAACACAAAUGAACUGAGCCAGGCUGUGCGCUCUUAUCCAGAUGGCACUUAAUACUAUCCACAUUCAUGUUCACAGCUGCUGCCUUCUAGUUUCAUAUGCAGAGAGAUCCCUGCUCAAACCUCACUUGGUUUUCACUCUGCAGGUUGUGCCGCACUAAGUAUAAUGGCCACAGAAAGACUUGGUGCACCAGAACCUUUAGGAUUAAAUCAGCGGUUUGUAGUGAAAGUGGUUUAUCACCGCGUCUCUCGUACAAGGCAACAGAAAACUCCAGAUAUGAAUUCCUCAUAUAACCCUGUAUGACUAAAGCCAAAAUGACCUUACUUUGCAAUAUGCUCUGUUUGUUCACAGCCAUUCAUCACUGAACUUGAGGUUGAUGAUUUGAUUGGUGUGCUUCGAGCCUCUGAUGCAAUGACCAGGCUGCCAACAGUUAUAGUUACAGCAUGCACUGGAGUAAUGUUUCAUCAAGUCCUCAUUAUGCUCGGCUAUAUUGAUCUAUAAAUCAUAAAGAACGUGACAGAUUUCCCUCUGAAAAUACAAAAACAUCAAACUCAUGUUUCCAGAUUGCUCUCUUUGUCCGUCCAAAACUAUCAAACAUUAAAUUUAAACUUGAUAUUAAAGAGAGGACAUAUGUAUUCAUUUACAUUUGUGGAUCUGAAAGCAGAAAAUGUGUAGCUGGUGAUUCUACUUGACAAACGACUUCAGCAAUUAACAAUCAGAGUCGUCAUGGAUUCAUUUUCCAGCUAAUCAAUCAGCACUAAUCUUCUUUGCAAUAACCAUAGCAACUACAUGUGCAAUAUCAUUCAAUCAUUUAGCCACAGUAGCAUUUCCUAAUUAAGUUAGACAGCUCAGUGGAGAUCAGUCGGCUGGGAUGACAAUUUAAAUAAUUUUGUUUUUUCAGGACGAAAAAUAAGUUGAUUGAUCGACUGACAGACACUUCAAAAGCUUUUUAAUAGUUUUAUUUAAAAAAAGUAGGAGUUCAGCAGUUGUAGCUCCACAUAUUUAAAAACUUUUACAAUUAAAAAGAAGACAUCAUUUGGAUUUAUCUUAAAAAUGCAGAUUAUUAAUGAAAUCGAGCCGCAGUUGCAGUCAUAGUAUUUUACAGUCACGUCUUAUCUGAGUGUGAGGUGGACUGGUGGGUUAUCUCGGCCUGUUUUGUAUAUUCCAGUCAGACAAUUUGUCCAUUCAUGAGGUACCAUUAUUACAACCCUGCUCAUGCACCGCUGUGAAUAUAGACUGAAAGCGGCCGCCUGGGACUUGACUGUGAAACAUGAGUAACGGAGGAGGAGGGGAGGUAGGGAGAUGAAUAGAAAAAUUGAUCGAGAGUCUAAAGAGACAUCAUUUUAUGUGAAGGAUCAUAGAGAAGUGCUGGAGCCGGUUUCCAAAUUUAACUCCUCUUAGUGGUGGUGGAGCUACAGGAGAGAAGGCAUAUGGGGGAGAUUCCUCACGAUCACUCUCUUGUCUCAGUUUGUUCUCUCCUUUUCCAUGUUGGGUCCUGUUGGCCAUGUCCAUCCAGGCUGUGGUCUGUGGAUUGUAAAAUGGCUGACUGUAUCUGUGGAGAAAGGAGCUCAACAACAACACGUUGCAUGGGGUGUGUUUGUGUGACGUAUAUGUGAUAACUGUCUAGACAGUGUGCCCAUGUGGCGCAAAAAAAUGUGCCCGGGGCCUGAAGCCAAGGCAAUCAGGUAGUGAACCUGUCCUUAUCUGCCACUCUGUGUGUGUGUGUGUGUGUGUGUGUGUGUGUGUGUGUGUGUGUGUGUGUGUGUGUGUGUGUGUGUGUGUGUGUGUGUGUGUGUUUGACUCUGGCAUGACUUGUCUGGUUGAUGCUUAUCAGUGUGCUUGUCUGGUUCUGUUCUUUCUGUUUUGUGUUUGGAAAGAGGGAGGAACAGGUGUGUGUGUGUGUGUGUGUGUGUGUGUGUGUGUGUGUGUGUGUGUGUGUGUGUGUGUGUGUGUGUGUGUGUGAACUGUGUGUGUCUGGGGUGAAGGCACAAACAGACAGACAGUCACAUGCUGUCUGUUUGUCUCUUCAUCUGUCUUGGCUGUCUGCCCGUUUCUUUGUUUCCCUGUUUACCUCUGUCACCUGUUUGUCCAGCCGUCCACCUGUCGGACCUGACUUCACCUGUUCCUUGCUCUGUUUUAUUACCACCUAUCUCUUUGUCCACGGCUGAAGUGAAAGAAGAUAGGAGUUGACUGUGAUCUUUCCAACUCUACCAAAGAAUAUAUUUUUCAAUGGCGAGACAUAAGACUUAAAAGAAAUCAGUAAAAAUCGAAGCCCUGGAUUAGCCACAUAUUUUUAAAGUUUUAUUUCCGAUGUCUGGACAGAGCCACUAUAAAUAAAAGGACAAGUAAAAGAUUUUUUUACCCCCUCCUGUUGCAGUACAUCUGAAUCAACUUUGGCUAUAGUAUAAACAUGUCAAUAUUUGUUUGCACAGGCGGCGUCACUUAUCUGUAAAGGGAGUGUAGCCCUCAUGACUGACGCCACUCACUGAUUCACCACAAUGGUGCCAUAUUAAGGAUGACAAAUAGGGUGACAUGUUAAACAAAGUUGCUCAAUGGAAGGACAAGUUAACCACACUGACGCAGUUAUAAUGCCCUUCUUACAAAAACGCCAUGAAUGCAGCGGAGACUUCGUAGAACCAAAGAGCAGCCGAGGUGUGAAAGGUUGUCUUAAAUUGCGCAAGUAUGUCGCCUUAAAUAGAUCAGCGGAAUGGCCAUUACCAAGACCUUUCACCCAUUAAACAGGGUUCCUACACGUUUGGAGUUUCCAUACUUUUCCAUACCCUACUUUUUAUAUUUAUUUUUAGAAAUACCUACUUUUCUGUUUUAGAAAACAGUAUUUUUUUUACUGUGGUAGUCAGCUGGAAAACUAAAUAUUUUUCCAUACUUUAUAUUUCAUUUGCCAUACUUUUGAAGACCUGGAAAUUGAUCAAAUUACAAGAUCAAGUUAAAGUGUUCUUGAUUCUGUCUGACAUUUCUGAUACAGACUAUCAGACAACAAAAUUAAAUUAUUUACUUAUUUAUGGUUUUAUCAUUAUUUCAAUCGGAAUGGUAGUUUGUUAAAAACAAGAUUUGGCCUCCAGAAACUCUUUCUAAAAAUUAGUCCUCAAAGUUCAAUAUGAUUCUUUGACUCUCUAACAGAAGCUUCACACCUGAUAACCAGUCAGAAAGCAAACAUACAGUCUCUGAAACCAAACUCAGUCAUCUCAUUUCACAGUAUGGACUUAAUUACCAAAAAAAAAGUGUAUUCCUUUAAAUGCCCCACUUUGCUGCCUGGUUCCCCUGUGGGCUGUUAUUGAUUUGGCUGCUGAAACAAAGUGCGGCUCCCAGUCCAUGGAUAAAUGGCUUAUUGGAUUAAGACCUCCAUAUAAAGGCCUCUGGUGUGUGCAUGUGCAGGUGGGACCACCAGAGCACCAGUUAAAUACAUUGAAACUGGAUUUUAUUUAAGAGCUGGACAGGCCUACUACAUAAAAUCUAGGAAUAUGAGAUGACUCUCAAGAGGAGAUACAAGGCAUGAAUGAUUUUCUGUGACACAAGGAUGCUUUGGUAUCAGGUUGUUGAAUGGUUUAUAGUCAGGAAGUAAAUAUAUCUGUGUAUCCGUAGCCUGAUCUUUGACACAGUUGACGACUGCAGCAGAACAGGAUGUGGUCUAGAAACAGACAGGGCGUGACUGACUGUCUCUGCGACUGUGUAUUUGUGUAUGUUUGUAUGUGUGUAAGUGUGUGAGUUCCUCCUUUCCUCCCUCGCUGUCUGAGGCAGAAUGAAAAGGCACCCAAAUAAAAGCUGUUUACUUCCUCCUGAGAGAGGAAAGAAGAGAAUGAGUUGCAUUACUGCGUCCUCCUCUGCUGCCCAACGCCAACCCCCCCAUACUUCUCCUCCUCCACCCUCUUGAAUGCCAGCUUCAUGAAUGGCUCAGAGGGGGAGGAAGAAGAGGGAGGAUGGGUGGCACAGUUCUGUUUCGGAACCCCUCUGUUUCUGUCCCAAGAGCGCCUGGAGUUUGUUUCCACAUGACUAGUGAUGUCUGUGUUUCAACAGAUGUGAAGUAGACAAUUGAGCCCAACAGUAUUUAUGUUUGAGGGAUUUUUCAAUGGAUUUUACGAACACACACUAACUAAUAUCAGCACACAAACACACAUAUAGCCUGCUGCUCUGGGAUUAAAGGUCAGCGUCGAGGCUCGUGCACUCUUUAUUGUGCCCCAGAUAAGAUUGCCAUCAGGCUUGUUGAGACUAAAUGUGUUUGUGUAAGUAUGUUGUAUCCUGGGCAGGGCUUUACAGUGUGACCGUUUGGGUAGCCAAUUCUCUGAAGAGUUGGCUCCCUUUAAGAAACGCAUCCAUGUCUUUUAAGCUUACAUCCAAUUAAAGAUUUUAGCGGUUAAUCUGGGAAGAUGUUAUUCCUAGUCUGGAUGUCCUUUGAUCAAAAAAAGCACAAAAAAGACAAAAAUAAUAAUCUGACCAACUCGUCCCAAAAUACUCAAUUCGAAGAGAUAAAGAGGAAAAGGCCCACAUAAAAAAAAAUCAUGUCACAACAGGAGAGUGACUUAAAGAUUAAGUCAUCAAAUAGUUACCAAUCAAUCUAUCUUUCAACUUAAAAGUGAUCCUCUUAUUUUCUUAACCCUAAUUUUAUCUCCUGAACACACUAGUGUGUCAGCAGAGUCACGUAAUCCUUUAAGUGAUGUAGCUGCUCAGUAAUACCUUGUCUCAUAGUAGAUUGACGUAGUUGUAUGGUUUGUUUGGAAACGCUUGUGUUUACAGAUCAACCUCCCAAUCGUCUUUCCUCUGCUCCUACAUUUUUCAAGUGAAGUGCCGCAGAAAACGCAACAUUGAGUGUGUACAUGUGUCAUGGGGGGAGCUGGGAGGCAGUGUUUGUCUUUUAUUAUACAUGUAUGGGGAGGAGGUGUGUAUUUUUAGCAUGUUACCGUGUGUGGGUGUGGGUGUGUGUACGCUUAUCUGCCCUGAGACGGCAGUCAUCUGGAGUGUCCAUGUGACUGGAGUGGAGGAGGAGGAGGAGAGCUUGACCUCGGACUUGUUUGCACUUUGCAUAGCAGUGUGUCAGACUAUGCUGGUGUGUGUGUGUGUGUGUGGGUGUGUACCUACCUUCAGCUGAGAUGCAUUACUCUAAGAGCAGAAAUGAAGGCAGGUUCCUCCCGUCAUCUGUGGGCGUGAGCAAAGACCGGCGUGGGCAGAAAGAGACUGGCUUCUAUUUGCCGCUGCAGAGAUAUAGGUCAGAUUUUCUGAUAUUUCAGCCGUUAUCCAAGUCAAAAAUUACCAUCCCACAACUGAUUUUAUGGUGCUUUCUCUAGCACAACCAGUUCUGGAAUGUAACCGCCUCAGGUCUGAGUGGAUCAAUUAUUUUGCGUGUGUGAUUUAGGGCAGUUUUUUAAAUUAAAUGCAAGAGUUUUUCUUCAACUUUGCAGGCCCUAUUAACUUGUAGUUCAAACCACCCCUUUGUUUAUUUCCUAUAGAGACCCAACACAACACCAACAUGCCUUAGCAUUACAACAAGUUUGCUCUAAAAAAUAAAUAAAUAAAAAACUCACAUUUGCGACUAAAAAUAGAUGUGUGCGAAUUGUAAACUGUAUUUAGGGGCACAAAAAAAAAAUCAGCUGAGGCAACAAUGUCUUUACAUGUAAAUACCUCAGUGAAGUUAGUUUUGAGUUGGAUAUUCAAUGGACAUUCACUGCGGAUCUACCGGUGUCUUCUAACUCUCCAUAACUGGGAAUAGCAACAGCGGUGCGGUUAAAUCUACUCUGCACCCUCGCUGUCAAUGUCAGGUGUUGAAUAAGGGACCAUCAAUAAAGUACCGGUUGAUGUUCUCAAAAAAGGCUGUUUUCCUUCCAUAGCUUCCAUGUCAUGUGACCAAUUGACCUAAAAUUGAUUUCAAAUAAUAGUACUAAGGUCGGACAACGAGACGCACCUCUUUAUUUCCCUAAUUUGUCCUCUAAAAAGGCCAAUUUUGAACAUUUCCUUCAAUAGCUUCCGUGUCAUGUGACCAAAAGACCUAAAAUUGAUUUCAAAUAAAAGCACUUAUGUCGACCAAUAAGACAAACCCCUAAAGUACUUUGUGUGCUCCUUACUUUUUUAACUUAGAAGCACAUGUGCCUUGUUAAAAAAGUUAGUGUCAAGCCCUGUCUACCAUUGAACAGUUCACUUUCCAAACAUCAGAGUUUUGUUUACUGCUUUAAGAAAUAUUAGCUUUCAUUUAUAUCCAUUUGCUGUAUAAUCCUGCCUAUAAGAAUAAAAAAUGGACCAGAGGCAACAAGUGCUCAUGGUGUAAAAUACAUGUCCAUGCUCUGCAGUGGCGAGCAUAGAAAACACGGCUCCUGCAGCUAAAGUGCAUUUACUCUCCUCCGCCUGCAAUUGUCAGACUGUGUAUGGUAAUGUACGGUCAUGGAUGUCUGUGUAGUAGAGUGGUGCUUGUUAUUGUUGGAUUUAACAGCACUCAGGCUACACAGACACAGAGAAAAACACUUUCUGCUCCAUUAAUGUGUCUGCUUUAGAAAUGUCACGUGUGCUAAUGGUCUGGGGACCAAACUGAGGCUGUGGAAAUGGGUCAUUAAAAAAGUUCACAUGGCUGUGUACGUCUAGAAGAGUACGUUUCAUCUGGCUGUGUAGCGCCGGGACGAACUGUAUGUGUGUUUGCGAGCGUGUGUAGCUGCAGCGACAGGCAGACUGCUGGUGAUUAGGAACAACAGGGCAGAGUUCAGCUGAGCGAGUGUGUGGAAUGCUAAUCCACAUUGUCAUAAGGCGAGCUUCAGUCUGACAAAGGGCUGGAGACAUGGGGGGUUCUGGGCUGUUUGUGUGUGUGCGUAGUACACGUGUGUGUGUGUGUGUGUGUGUGUGUGUUUGUGUGCAGCUAAGACCCAGAUAAGUGAGGUGCUUCAUUAUUGUAGAUCAGGGCCGAGUAGCAACAUGGUGUGUGUUAAUAAAGCAGAGGAUGGAGAGGGAGAGGGGGAUGGAAAUGUGGAACAGACAGGAAGGAGAGAGAGAGAGAAAAUGGGGGGAUGCAGGGAGAGAGGAAAAAACAGCUGUGUUGAAAUGUGCAAACGUUUGCACCUGAACACAUUCAUUAAGGAAUAAAGAGUGCAGAGCUGCAGGAAUAACGAGCAUGUGUGUGUGUGUGUGUGACUGUGUGUAUGUGUGGGUGUAGAUGGGUGGGUGGUGGGCGUUAAAGCUGUCAACUGUCAGGAAUUACAGGGAUAGACACAGGCAGCCAUUAGUGGAACAUGUAUAUAUGCUUUAUUAGUGGAUACACAUUCACUGAAAAGCAUAAACACACUGGUGUAUAAACACAUUUACCAGCAAAGCCUGAAAAUGUCCUCACACACACACACACACACGGUUACCUUUUAAUGAGCUGUCAGUUAUCUCGUCAGCAGAGCAUCUGCUGUCCUGGGGGUCAAGCAGAUGAAAGACCCCUGGUUGACCUGGUGUUAAUGUCAGUUUGGCCUCCCUCUGUCUGUGUGUGUCGCUCUUGAACACACACACAUUGGCGCAGGAGCAGUCACAGAUUACAGAUUGGGGGGAAUGUAAUAGUCACACACACACACACACACACACACUCACACACACACAUCCAGACAACCUUGAUACAGGGAAUCCAGCCAGCAAGGACCCAGCUCUCCUCUGCACCACUGCAGCGGGUUUAUUGUUGUUUCUGUCAAUUCAACCUUCUCUCUAUCUCUGCCCUGUCCCAUCACACACACACCCCCACUCUCUCUCUCGCUCUCCUCCUUCUCUCCUCUCUCCCCCUCUCUCUCUGUCUCUGUCUCUCGGCCUCCCCUCCUCCCUCCUCUCCAGUGCUGCAGUGCUGCCUUCUGGAGAAGAAAAAAAAAGGAAAAACUACCAACCACAGGAGCUCGUAAACGGACGAGCCCCCUUCUCUAUAGACACACGCAGAAAAGACACACCUGGCAACGCAUAUGGCUCCAGCCUGUUUGAUAUGCAUGCACGAGCUCAUUCAGCCAUGCUUUUGUAAAUAAAGGACUGUCCCCCACAUACAGUAACCAUGGAUUCACAUCCAUAUGAAUCAAGACGAGCAGUUGUUAUUUUGUCUUUAAUGGAGACUAACUGAAAUGUAAACAGGUCUAAAUUCAGUCAAAUCUACCAGAAUAGAGAGAUAGCAUCCUCUUUUUUUACAACUAUUUAGCGACAAUGUUGGAUGUUAAACGAAGGGCAAAGUUUCAAACUCUUAGGGAAAUAUGUGUUGGGUAGUCCCAAGCCCCCUAGAUUGCGAUCGCAGGACUUCAGGGAGAGCCGCAUAAGAUUCGCUCAAUUCAUGACAUCACAAAUUGGUGAAUCCCUUAAAAAGACAAGAAUAAAUAAUUUACUCACAAAACAGCAACAUCCUGCUUCUUUUUCUCACUGUCCAAAAUCAGACACACGAUUUAAACUAACUAAACUAAACACCACCUUGAUAGCAGAAUGUCAACAGAGACGUUGUUUAUCUUAAUCUGAUUGAAAAUCCAACAAAAACACGAGUUUGAGUUUGUUCUCAACGAUCAAUGACUCCAUUCAUUUAUUAACAUCCCUACACCGGCUGUUAUCUACAAGCAGAGGUGAAAAAAGCUUUUGACUUAGAAAUCGAUAAACUCUUUCUGCGAAGUACAAGUUUGACCUUGCUAAUGCUACUUAAUAAACCCGCUGCUUCGUUAAUAUAGCUGUUUGCGGGCUAAUACCUGGCUGUCGCAGUAAUCCGGCUGUAUUGUUCUGAAGCCGUUUAGCUAUGGUAAUGACAAUGUCUCAACUGAUACAAUGCAGCAGAAAAUCCUUACAUCCAGCUGAUGAAGGGCUGUUUGUUCAUUAUUCACUAUGUGUGUGUGUGUGCAUUCUGUGGAUAAACGUUUAUAGAUGGCUCUAAAAGGCUUGUAAGUCAAUUAUUGAUGCUUUCUUCAGCCUCCAUGUCUUUUUUUUUCUCUUCCUUCUUCUCCCUCUAUAUUCUCUUUUCCUGUUUCCUCUCCUCCUCCCACAUUAUCUCCUCUCCUCCCUCCCCCCUCUCAUCACCGUCUCUCUCCUGUCUGUUGCUGUGGGCUAGCCAGCGGUUUGUAUUUUGCAACGCUGGAAAGUCUCGUUCCUCUGGUGCCUGUGCUACCUGUCAGUUCGGUUGAGAGCGUGUGCGUGUGAACUGUGUGUGUAUGUGUAUGUGCGUGCGUGUGUAGCGUCAGGCCUGUCUGCUGCAGAUAAGCAUCAACUCCAUCAGCUUGUGGCCUCUUGCUGAGCGUGUCCUGGAUUUGCUCAAAAAAACACACACACACAUACAGAGACACAACUAGGGGCAGUGCCAGCAGUAUUUACCGAACACACAUGGCUCAGAGGAGAUGAAGAUGACACAAUGAAUCAUGAACAUUCAACAGAAAAUAUGUCUUCACGUCGAGCGAGUGGCUGGCCCCGACUGCGUUGCAUGUAUACCAGUGAAUCACGCACACGGAAAGCACAUAAUGACAGGGCCAUGUUGUAGCCAUGUUGACUAUGAGUUCGGCUUUUCUUCUGUUUUAUUCAUAGGCUUCCCUCAGUGGGCUCAUUCAGCUUCUACUCUUAGCUUAUCCAUUUUCCUGCUUCCUUCCUUUUCUCCCACACUGCAUCACAGGCCCUCGCUCGCUCCUUCUGCUUUCUUUUUAAUGCCAUUUGUCUCCAUUUUCUAUCUCUUGGAUGUCAUUUGUCUCUAUUUCCUUCUGUUUAAAUGCCAUUUGUCUUCCCCCUUCUGUGACUAUGGUUGUAAUUUUUGCCUACUACUUUCUCCCUCUCGUUCCCACGCUCCCUGACAGUCUGUGCAUCAUUUUAAUUGUUCGGAGUAUCCUAUCAAACAUGUUAAAUGCCGCUCUCUGUCUUAAUUAAGUUUUAGCUUUGGCGCGUGUUCGCUUGUGUGUUAACCUCCGUCUCUCUAUCUCUGUGUUUUUCAGAAAGCGGUGGAGGAGGAGGAGAGCCAGGUGAGGAAAUCCUCCGCAGGACUCUGCUCCCCCAGCAGCAAGUUACCCGACUCCGACCCUGCCAGAAAGGUCAGUCGCCUGUUUCCCUCCCAGGAUCCGUUCACCCAUCCCUCCAUCACUUCCUACCGCUCCAACAUCCCACUCCUCUCUCCCCUCCUUCCCGUCCUCCUCCUCUACACGCAGGUCACUUCUCAGGGUCGCUACCCCCCACCCUGACUGACAGACACACACACUCCCCCCUGUUCAGCCAUUCAUAGCGGCACGCUUCUCCUCUCUGACCUGUCAGGAAAUAUACUCAUAGUGCUGCUGAAAAGCUCUCCUCCUCCCCCCGUACGCAGCACACACACCAACUUUACAAGCGCACACUGGGCAGGAGCUUUUUAUCAUGAUUAUCUUUUUUCUCCCAGCACACACACAUACAUGCGCAAUCUAUCUCUGCUGAUGGCUGAUGGAUGAUCCCUCAUCCACAUGUACGCAUGCAUAUAUUAGCUUUAUUAGAUUAUGGCUUCAGGAGCGCCAUGUGCAGUACAGCACAUUCCCUUCUCCUCCUGCUGCGUCUCUCUAUGUAUUCAUAUAUCUAUAUGCAUGUCUCUGUGUGCGUGCCCGGGCAUGCAUGUGAUUGCCGUACUGAUAGUUAAUCAAGUUGACUGCAAAAUGGUGUGCAAAGAUCAAUAAAUGUGUAUGGAAGAAAUCAUUCUCUGUCAUUGAAACCGAAACACAAUGGCUUUUGCUGCGGUGUGUGAUGUUUACAUCCGUGUGCGUGUGUGUUUUUUUUUCUCAGGGGAAAACAUCUCCACCCACUCUGGUGUUCAACCGUCUUUUCUCGGACAUCAAGGAGGAGCCAGGACACCCCACCCUGGUCCAUCCCAGGUACUACAUCAGCUAUGAUUAAUUAACACCAGUGCGCUAUUUCAGGGCUGCAACUACCUGCUACCUGACAACCUAUUUAUCUGAAGCUUUAGGGUUAUGAUUGAUUUUUAAAGAUGUUAUGGUGCAGCUAUUAGAGUCCAAGACGACAGCUUCAAAUGACUUCAUCAGUGUGUUAGUCAGCCCACAAGCCAAUCACACUCGAUCAAAAUAUUUAAUGCAUAAAAUUAUGAACAUGAGCAAAAAAUAUUCUCUCUUUUAAGUUAUUUUGGGAGACAAAUUAAUGAGCACCUAUUAGAUGAUCUCCUCCCUUGAAAUAAUGAUUAAAAGGUUAAAUUCUUUGGGUUAAAUUUAACUCUUUGGUUCCACUUUGACUCGAGUUUCUUUAUAAAACUGAAAAUGAAAUCCCCCGUCUCUAAUUCGCUGUUCCUGCACUUCCUCCUCUGUUCUAUUCGCUCUCCGUCCUCCAGCCUCCAUCACGUGUACCGCUCAGCUCUCCCCCUUCCUAGCCUUCAUUUCCUCUCCUCUGCCUGCCUCCCUCCCUCCCUCCGUCAGAGCAUACCAGCCUGUGUUUGGAUAUGGCACUCUGAUAGCUUGCGCAGUAAUCUGACCCAGAUUAAAAACUGGAAUUAGAUGGUUUAAUGGCGCCACCGCUUCAUGUGACUGCCUUGACAUACUGACUGCGUGGAGGCGCGCAGACGUCAGGCCAGACAAACUGGGAGGAUUAGAGAUCUGGUCACCUACCAGCAUCACAUGACUACCACACUCUCAAACCAGUCAGAACUUGCACGGACCAGUUUGAAGCAUUCCUUUUACUGCGACGCAGAGUCAGAACUAAGAAACUUCAGUGCUGGUUGACAUCCACGGCACUUAACGUUGUAUUUGGGUUACUACCAACAUCCAUUAGCGGAACACUUGUCAAAUACAAGGCAGGCUUACAUUAUUCAAUCACAUCUUAGGCGUUUCGUGUGAAGGAGUUUCAGAUUCUCACUCAGGCGAGCAGGCAGCGCUUCUUUUUACAUCCAGAAGAGAGAGAGAGAGAGAGGAAGCAAAGCUCGGCUGCUGUAGUUUUUCAGGCAGAGCCCCACUGAGCUGUCAUGCUUAACCUAGUUCACAGCUCCAGCUCCAGCUCUGUCUGGAGGGGACUGCUGAUGGGGGGAGGGGUUCAAAGCUCCUCUCCUCUUCUCUCCUCCUCUCUUCUCUCCUUCUCUCCUCCAUCUGCUUCUCUAUCUUUCUGUCUCUCUCUGUCUCCCUCCCUCCGUUCCCUGCCAUGCAGCCAGGAAUAGACCGAUAGUGUUGGCUCAGUGGCUUUAGUGCAUCUCCAGGUUCUAUCGCUCUCUGUUACUACCUGGACAUUUGUGAUAAGCUCAAGGUCUGUUCAGGCUGAUAUCCUGUAAACACACGAUAAGAAAUAUCCAUAUUCCACACAGUUUUUCAGCUCCUGUCUUCAGAUGGUGCAGUUAUUGUAGACUCCGGCACCCAGGAAAUCACUCUUGUUCUAUUACUCAGAUUCAGCCGUGUUUUAUCGUCGUAGAGGAGGAGGUAAAAGCUUUCAGUGAGUUAUAGCAAAGGUAUAUGCUGUUGUUUUAUGUAUACCAGCAACAGCAAAGUCCAUAACUCCUUACAUUUUAUGAUCCUUCCUGCAAAGACGGGAGUAUGUAAAAGGUAAUACUGCUCACAUCACAUCUUGAAUAACAAAAUCAAACACAAAGCAGAUGCUUUAUUCUUUAUGGACUGAAGCAAACGGUGAGAAAACAAGAACUAAAACCACUUUAUGGAGGUCUUUUUGAGUGGGCAUUUAAGAUUCGCCUCCAUAUGCCACCGCUUCAGGAACUUAAUUUCUUCUUUCUUUCUUUCCCCUCACAGUUACUACCUGUACACGUACGAUAAGAUGGUGGCCCCCAACGUGUCUCUGAGGAGGGAGGCGGAGAUGAGCCCUGAGAUGCUUGGUGCACUUCUCAAACACCACUACAGCCGCAGAGCGCUGGGCCACGAUGAGCCGCCCAUGGGUCAGUGAUGAGACACACAUUUAUACACAGUGACGGUUCGGUUAUAGUCUGUUUUCACAUCAUUGAACCUUGAGUAACUUUUCACCUAUACUCUCCGUAUUGAGCAUUGCUGUGUCUGAUAAAGCUAGCUCAUAAUUGACUCUAAGGACACCUCUUUAUUUUCCCAAUUUGUCCUUUAAAAAUAUUUGUGUUAAAUUCAAAGGCAAAUUUUGAACAUUUUCUUCAAUAGCUUCCGUGUCAUGUGACCUAAAGACCUAAAAUAGAUUUUAAAUAAUAGUACUUAUGUUGACCAAUAAGACACACAUUAUUUGAUCAAUUUUCAUUCAAUUUCCAGUUUUGAUCAACAGUAAUGUCUAACGUAUGUAAAUGCGCCCAUGUUUUUAGAUUUACCCUGUUUCGUAAACUUUUACUCCUGCUCAAAGCUGUUUUGAAAAAUAAAAAUGCGUGUCUUUCUGAUACUAAAAUCGUAAUAGUCUCAUAAAAAUAGUCUAAUCUAACUCUGAAGGUCCUGAAGAGUCAUCAGCGUGAGUGAGACUAUUUCAGAGUCAGUUAAAAAAUCCUCACAGUGCCUUUAAAAAGGUUCUUGCUAAUACCAAAGUGAUGUAUGACACAGACGAUUUUGAAUCACCGCACAUGAAUCAUUAUUUGAUUAAUAAAUCUUACUGUUUACGCUCAACAUAUAUAUAUGAAAUGUACAAACAUGUCUGACACAUGCCGCCUAUAAAUACAUGACACACAGGCAGCGAGCGCGAGUGGUUAACAUAAGCAGAGGAGACAUGCAGAUCCUGUGAAUGUAACACACUGAGGCACGUGCCAACUGUAAACAUACAACCUACAGUAAACUACCACACACACACACACACACACACACAUUAAUGCACACACAGUUGCAGCCUGCAGCGAUGCACAUAAUCAUGCAUUGACCUUCACAUAAAGACUCAGGGGGCACCUCACUAUUGAUGAACAGGAGGCCUGGAAAUGGCAGUGACCUCGUCCCUCUGCUCUGUGUGUGUGUGUGUGUGUGUGUGUGUGUGUGUGUGUGUGUGUGUGUGUGUGUGUGUGUGUGUGUGUGUGUGUGUGUGUGUAAGACUGCAUUAAUGAGAUGUGUUCAUACUCUUCAUAUAGAAAGAGAGGGAAAGAGAGAGAGGAAACUCAGAGGAGUGGUUUCCGUCUGCCAUUAUUACGCCGCGUCUGACUGCCAGCCUGUCUCUCUCUCUCUCUUUCAUAUCUCUCUGGUGUUUUGCCCCUCCCUCCCUCCCUCUCUCUCUCUUUCCCCCUCUCCGACCAAUCUGUCUCUCUUCCCUCUGUCCUCCCUCUCUUCCUCCUGGCAGCUAUCUCCACAUCCUUCUCUGAGUCCGUCCUCUGUCUGCUCUAGCACUUCCUCUACCAUCCAUCCAUUCAUCCAUCCUCGUCUCUUUCAUCUCCGCCUCCCUCACGGUCUGCUGUCACUUUCUCGCCCCCUCCUCCUCCUCCUCCUCCUCCUCUUCUCUCUUUUGACUCGUUGAAUGCUUUUCCUCUCCCACUGUCUGUGGGCCUUUCACUCUUUUUCUUUCAGCCUGAUCCCUCUCUCCUGCUUUUUUCCUUUCAACCCAUCACCACAUUAUCCACUCUUGUUAUUUGUGUGCCUCUACUCUCCUCUGUGUGUGUGUGUGUGUGUGCUCAUGUGCGUGCCAGCUUGAGUCAGUAAAUGAGAGUCCUCCCCAGUGCCAGACAUGCUGUGUGCAGAGUGUGCUGUUUGCUAUCACGCACAUACAGUAUGAGUACAUUAGUCUGGUAAACAGUCUUCCUCUCCUGCGCCCUCUGUCACUCUCUCUCCUCCUUUUUCUGUCUGUAAGUUUCUGCCUUCAAACACAUCUUCAUUACAAGCCUACACAUGUUUCACUGCAGCGUCUGUGGACCUGUGAGAGUGUCACACUGCCUGUUUGAUCCUCUUCCCCUCUGAUGUACACCUUUAAGGCCACAGUGAGGGGACAUGCCAAAGUCUGAGCGCAGGAGGAGGAGUCCCCGCAGAGCAGAGCAGCACCCACACAAGGCCCUUUAUUCCUCUCUUUUUUUCUUCUCAUGCACAGACUAAGAAUCAUUUUUGGUUAAAUGUUGGGAUCCUCAGCUGUUGCCAUGCCUUGCUUGUGUGCUCGCGCUGACGAAGAGGUGUUAGCUUCAAUGAGGUUGUGCGAGGGUGUUAUAAAGCGUAGGCGGGAGUGUGCACCAGCUCGGCUCACACUUCCUGUUGUUCGACCAUCUUCUCCUCUUUUAAUUUAGAUGAUAAAAAAAAGUUUCAUUUUUUGAAAAUCCCUCUCCCUCAUCCGUCUUUUCCUCUCCCCCCCCAGAUCUCCACGCUUCCCCUCCCCUUGCUGCCGGUGCCGAGGAGGCCAAAUCCCAACGUGCCACUGCUGCCUCGGCCACCGAGCGGGAAUGCCAAACCCAGGCAGUUUCCAUGGAGACAAGCAGCCUGAGCUGCAAGAAAGCCACCCGCAACCCCGCCCACACCCCUCCUCCUCCUUCUGCGUCGUUGUUGUCACCGGUAACGGAAGUAGCGGCUAAGGACACGGGCUGUGCAUCGAGCAGCGCUGCAGUGGUGGUGGGGGGGCUGGAGGACGACAAGGACAGGAUUGUUGUGGAGAUCAUGCAGAUGUACAGCAAGCAGCAGGAGAAGCUCAACUCCACCUUGCACAAGCAGCUGCAGCUGGAAAUGGUGAGUGGGUGCUUAGAGAAGAACAAAGCCGGAGAUGAAUGAGCUCCUUACUACGCCAUAACUGUCCCCGCAUAUUAAAGAUGUCCUUGGCGUAGAUGUAGAGGUGAGGCUCACCUUCCUGCAACCCCUCAAAGCCUGCCUGAGAAACUCCAAAACCUACUCUGUCCAAAUGCUGUUACCAGAUGGUUCAGUGAUUUAAAAAAGCUGUUAGCAGACUGACUCAUUUAAAUCACAGUGUUUCACUAACAGAACACAGAGUAUGUGAUGAACACAUACAGUAUAUCAUGGUUCACAGCUGCUGGAUUCAGUUUACUGUAUUUUCUAAACUGAUAAAAGUUCCUAUAAAGACAUCAGAGCAAAAACUGAUCCCACAGAUCAACUGGGGACUUAGAAAAUAGAGAGAUACUGAACUAUUGGAGAGAAAUCUUUAUUAUCUUGAAGUUUUUUCCACUUCAGUCUUUCUGGCCCUUGACCACAUCCAUUCCUGCUUUAUGGUCUGAUGCCAAACACAGUCCUAAACCAGAGUUGUUGAACUGAAACAGUGAUAGCAUACAAGUCCCUUGUGGAAGUUACCUCCAUGUGGCCAUCAAUGUCAAGUUUUGUUUUUCUGUGAAUUAUUGCGCUGUUGUUAUCAUCUCUAUUAACUUGGCCUCUAUUUCUUUAGGAACUGGAGGCAUUGCGUGGAGGUGAGGCUGCGAGGCUGCGGGAGCUGAGCGCCGAGCAAAGAGAGCUGCGCAGCGAGCUGGAGGCGGUGCACAGCGAGCAGGCGCGGCAGCUCAGCCAGGCCCGCCAGGAGCAGCUGGAGCUGGAGACCCGUCUGGAGCAGCUUCGACAGCAGGCCUGCGCCUGUGAGCCGGGGUCACAACGCCAGCAAGAGGCUCACUACACUGCACAGGUAUGGAUGAAGAGGGGCACACGCAUGCACAACACUGACUUUAAUGAGGAAACAGUCUGAGUGAAUCAUAGACACAUGUACAGCUGCAUCCUUCAACAUUUUAAAACUCUUUUUGAGCAUUUCAAACCACUUAUUUCAAUGUUUUUCUCUAUCUUAUCAUCAAAACUCAAGAAUCAGACUUUAAGUUUUCAUUGAGGCACAGAACAUUUAGACUGAAGGCUGUGCAAAAAAUGUUCUAUAAACCUGUUUUAAAUUAAUUUAGAUUUACAAGUCAGGUAGAGGUAAAGGAACCUGAGAUCUUAGUGUUUUUUCCCACGCAUUUCCUCCACAGUUGUUGUUUAAAAGCAGAGAUGUGGUUACGUUUCCUCUGCAUGAAAGUUUCCGAUGUAUAAAAAAUAAAACGAUUAUUCGAUUUGAGUCACCACAACGGACUACUCAGAGUUUCAUUUGUGUUUCCGGUUCCUGGGAAAAACCACAGAAUUUUUACACGUGUCAUUUAAACUCGAACAUCCUUACAUGAAGAGGUUUUUAGGAGAAAGUCAGAGUCUGGGCUUGUUCUCGAAAUCUGACAUCUAGUGGCUGGAGAGAGAUAUAAACUCAGGUGUAAGGUCUAUUCAGCAGAGGAAAUGGAAGCUUAACGGUACGCAGUUAUGAUGAGGAUGCUUUUUAUGGAGAGAUGCUGUCGGUGUCUUACUGUAGCUUUAAGAUUCACCAGGAAACGAAGAAUUAAUAUGAUAAGAAAAAGAAAUUUUACAAGAGCGGUUCAGCGCUGAUUCAUUCGCUGUCAUCAGAAAAGCUCUCAUUAAGUCUCGAACUAAACACCCUGACUUACGACAGACUGUAGUUUAAUGUGAUAAUGUGUCAGACUAAAUGUCGUCUAAUUUGCUGUAGGCAUCGGUUGACCUCAUGUCUGUCUCUCUGUCUGUUUCCUCCCAGUUGUCAGAGCUGCGUCAGAGGCUGGAGCAGGCGGAGGCGGACCGGCAGGAGCUGCAGGAGGAGCUGCGCAGGGAGCGAGAGGCACGGGAAAAACUGGAGCGCACCAUCUCCCAGCUCAAGCAGCAGAUGGCCCAGUCUGGCACGGCGGGAGGCAGCCCCUCUCCUCCUCUUACCCCGUCCACCGGACCCCCUAACGUCCACUCCCCGCUUUCCUCCUCCUCCUCCUCCUUCUCAGAGGCCCCAGCGGCUGGUCAGAAGUAACUGAAACCCCUCCGGGCGCCUCCCCUCCUUCCUCAUUCCUCUCCCAAUCACCCGCCAACUCUACAGACACAAACAAAUCAGCCUGAGGCAGAGAGAAGCUUCACAUCCUCUCAUGGCUGUUUCCACCUUGUGCAUUUCCAACUCCCUGUUUUCUUAUUUUUUUCAGCGUAGGACUGACUUUUGUUUGUAAUUUAACAUCACUUUAAAAAAGAAUUUAUGUUGUGUUUUUAUCCUUCUUUCUUUUGCUCUCCUCUCCUCUCUUUAAACAGUAUUUAAAGUUUUUUGGGGGCUUCUAUGUUUUGAUUUUAUUUAUGAUUUUUACUGAACGAAACAGCUGCUUCCCAGACAGGAGUUUGGUCAGGUGGAGACGAACUCAACACGUUACUGUUGUUUCUUUUCCCUCCACAAUAUCCGACCUCCACUACCAUCCCCCCUGUUGCUCGCUCUGGACUCUGGAGCUCAUGACUUUUGAGAUGUCACACUUCAGCUCAGACACAAAGACUCAUCUCAGCUCCUAACAAAUGUCUCCUAAUGCUACUACCUGGCACAGCAUCUUGUGCCCAUGGACACAAAAGUGGCGACUGUGUCCACUCUCCAUCUUUCUGUAUGUACAGGCCAAACGCUCGAGAACCAGCGAACUGCAGGAAACUGCGCGGACAUUUCAGUACAGUUUUUCUUUUUCUUUUUUUUGUUGCUCCUUGUUAAACAAAAAAGAAAAGUAUAUCAUGUAAAAAAAAAUCAUCAGAUCUAUAUGGAGGAGAGAGACCUUUACUGUACAAAAAAAAGACAGAUGUCGUACAACCUCAUGAAAAUAUGCCAAUAUUGACGCUGAACUUGAUAUGAGUGUUUUUUGAGUGUGACUCCCUUCAAGGUAGCUGGCUAGCAUAUCGUCUGGCCUGGCCUCCAGCUGCUCCUCACACAGACUAGUUUUCCUCUUCUCUCUGCUGGCCAGCACCUGGACUCUCCUCUCCUCUCCUUUCGUAGACCAAACAGUCUGUCAGUUGAUCCACCAGCUGCCCAGUGUCUCCUACAACCUGCCUCCCCUUCACACCCUCCUCCGCUGCUGUGCGCUAGGACCAUUGCCCUCUGCUGGGAGACACCUCCGUGCUGUUGUUUUUCACCCACUUUGGGCUAGACAGGAAACGCCGCGCUGUUUUCAGGCAUGGCAUGAAGAAGCUCACGAGCGGUGUUAUGCACUUAAAGCGCUCUCCUCCCCCAGAAUCCCCUGGGAAAGGAAUGUGUCUGCACAUGGGGGCUGGCUGAGCCACUGUAGCUUUUCUUGGAAAGAAGAAAAGCAGAGUCUCACAUGUGCAGUUAGCUGUAGUGUGUGACUAUAAUACAUACGACAUCGAGUGUGUCAAUGCAGUCCAGGCAUUCAAGCAGAACAAUGGCCCCGGCGUUCCCAGCAGAUGAUCAAAGCUCUGGUCUGCCAGUUUUCUGGGCUUCUCUUUUUUUUUUUUUUCUCAUAUGGUUCGACUUCAUUGUUAGCAGACGGUUUUAUCCCCACCCCGUUCGACCGAGCGUCUUCGAAGAAUGUGGGUCGCAGGUGAAAGCAGUUAGUCCAGGGUGGUUUGGGCCUUGAAUCUGGCCCCUGCUUCAAGUUAUUCUGCCUGGCUGAACAAACAUUACCGAGGUAGAGAGAGGAAACGAGGGGAGGCGAGGAUUGAGGGGAGCGCUCAGGGGGAACUGGUGCACUCUUACCCGCGGCAGGCUGGGUGGCCCAGACGCCGGAGGUACAGAGGGAGCCCUUUUUGUUUGGUGCUGUCAGAAUGGGGGCAGCUGUUGUUGUCUGGGGGCCUCUGCUCGCCCUCGGGUGAGACUGUACAGGAGCCCCCAUUUUUCAGCAACCUCCCUCCCUCGCUCCUCUCCCACAAAACCACCGUCACUUACUCACACACACACACACACACACACACACACACACAUAUACCCGUCCAUCCAUCUCCAGUGCCGGAUCAGCUGGGGGGUGUGCAGGGUUUUGUAGAUGCCCAGGAGAGCAAGCAGGCGACCAGCCAGAGGAAGAGAGGACUGUAUUGUGUUAGUUGCCAGGCAAAAGCGCUUUUUAUUGCCACUGAGGAGAUCCCUGUAAGCAAGUGUGUGUGUGUGUAAAUAAUUGUUUAAAAAGAGAAGGGGGAUCGGCCUCGGCUCAACUCUGAGCUUUUUUAUGCAUCUGCUAUAAAUGCAAAUUGAUAGACAUUCCACUGUGCUCCAUCCUGUUCAAUGCAGAGUUUCUUACACAGCUUCCCUUUACAAUAACAGACUCUAGAGACCGGGCAGAGGACAGUUGUGGUUUGUUGAAAGUCAUACAAGCAGGUGCAGGUGUGCAAAGCCAGUAAAAUCAAACCCAUGCCGCAUAAUACACUCUACUGUUGUUCCAUUUAAACCUUUAUUAAAAUUAUGAAAGAAAAUAUUUAACGUAUUAACUAAAGAUUUAUAUUCACUUUGUAAAUACAGUAGUCAUUAAUAUAUUAACUGUUCUUCUAUGAAAAAUCUUCAAAAGGUUAUAUAAAUUGGACCAGAACUAAGGCUUCAGAUGUUUUUGCUUUCUUUUACUAAGUGAUCUUUGCAGAAAACUUGACUUUAGUCGAGUGGAUACGGGGGGGAGUGAAACGCAUGGUUUACUGAGAUGUGAUGCAGGACAAAAUAGGAAAAAAAAAUACUUUGUUACACACUUUCCCCUUUUCUGAAAUGCUUUUUUUUGUGGAUUUCAUCUUGAUGGACUUUUUAAUGUGUAAUGUAACACCCUUUUUUCCUCUUUCUUAAACCUUUUCCCUGAAGCGAAAUUGAAAAUUUGUCAAAGAAAAAAGCAUUUUGGUACAAAAGAAAACAAACAAAAAGUGAUUUUUGCAUGUUUUGCUGCCCCUAAUGUUUUGUGUCACCAGGCCACUCUUAUCAAUCUGUCGAUCCAUCGAUUUAAAAAAAAAAAAAAAAAAGAAGAGGCUUCCCCCCACGUUAUGCACAAAUUAUUGAGAUGGCUCAUAUGCAUGAACAUUGAUCUGUGCAAGUUUUAUAUCAUUAUUGGUUAAAAGGUUGGCUGAAUCUUGAGUGAGAUUUUGAAGAACAUAAAAUGUAGCCUCAUUUGAUUUGGAAAUGAUGUGCGAGUGAUGAUGAUGAUGCGAGAGUGUGGAAGUAAGAGUGUGUGUGUGUGUGUGUGAGUGUGUGUUAGCCUCCUACAUCUGACUGAAGCACAGCAGCUCUGAAAAGGGAAAGAGAAACUCGCUCAUGUAGCUCCGGGUGUGUCGUUAUACUUUCUGAUUCUGAUCAUAUAUCCUCGUCUGGAUGUGUUGACGUCACUAAAAAGAUAAUCAGUAUUAGAUGAAAUGACUAAUAACAAACAUCCUUUCAAAAAAAUCAUUUAAAUUAAUCACAAAUGCAGAUGAAUCUGCCCUCGCUAUCAUUUAACUCAAUGUGUAUGUUGCAUUUCUUACACAAGGGGACAUUGUUUAGCUUCACUGAUAGUUCAUCCUUGUUGCAAAAAAAAGACUAAACGUCAAUGAUUGGAGGGAGGAUCCCUUGUAACACGGUUUUCUGGGCCUAUUUCGCAUUUUGCAGUGUUAUGAAAAUUGGAUAUGCUAUGUACAGAAUUUUUACUGGUGUGAAGUUUGCCCAAGUGAUAAAAAAAAAAAAAAAAAAAGUUUAGGGAGCAGAGACUCAUCACACGAACCACAUUCAAAUACAGGAUUUACAUAUCCCAUCACACCAUGGCUUUGUGAAGCCAACCAGCAAACUGACCUGAUGUUACCUUUGGGCUGCAUUUGGGUGUAAAACUUUAAGCCAGUAAACAUUCAGUUCCAGUGUGGGAGACUGAUCACACACUUCAUAGGUUACUAAGAGGUACACCAUGUUUUCAUUUACACACGUCAUGUUAGAGGUAAAAAAGAAAAUAUGUCCAUGGCUUGGCUUCAAACAACCCCUUUUCCCCCUUAAUGCUGUUUAUGAAACAUGAAACACAGUGUCUGUGUAUGACCAUUGCAUACUAUGUUGCCAAUACUACAGUGUGAUGAGACUUUUGUUCUUGCAUGAAUUGAGACACUGUUCUCCUACCUCAUGUUGUGAUAUAAAAAGAUGUUUUUUAAGCAGAAGACACUGCAUCUCUGUUUAUCAUUGAUAUUUACGAGUAAAAUACAUACCUGUAAAUGCUUUUAGCUAAUACCUCAGUUGUAUCUAGUGUUUGUUAUUUUCUGUUUAUGCCCUUUCCUCAAUUUCAGAUCUUGUAAAUAUACCCUGUAUAGACAAUGAACUUGGAUCAAAUUCAAGUAAAGUUCUGUAGUGUCAAAUCA